CAUAAAUUCCGAAGCUCUACCUCGCGCCUGCGCAGUGGGGCUGAUGUGUUGUUUUGGAAAAUCACGUGAGCUACGUCGUCACCAGAGCGAGGUGCCAACAUGGCGUCGGACUCUCUUCACCAGGUGAUAUUUGAGCAUGAGGGAGUGUUUAUUCACCCAAGCAGUGAUGACGACGGCAUUGACCCAGACUUACUCAUCUCUGGUUCACUUCGACUUGUGGAUAAGGAUGGUGAAAUCCUUGUGGAGUACAAGCCUCUGGAGGACACCGUGGACCCCUCAAACAUGCUCUGUGCUGGAAAGGACUCGAGCUCGGUGGUGGAGUGGGCCCACAGUCCAGGGGAGAGAGUGUUGGAGACUCAGCACAGCUAUGAGACCGAGUGGGACAUGAUCAACGCCGUGAGCUUCAGGAAGAGGCCCUGCUCCAAUGGGUCCAACGGAGACGGCUCUCUGCACCACAGUCAUGAGCGCAGCCGCUGGGCCUUCAGCUUCAGUCUCCGGGAACUGCGCUCUGUCACAGUAAAACAGGAAGGAUGGAGUUUCCUGAUUUUCAAAUUAAAAGACUCUUCGUCCUGUCUCCCGGCACUGCACUUUCACCAGGGCGGCAGUACUGAGUUCCUGGACGCGGUCAGGAGAUACGCCCUGCUUAGCGAAUCUGUAGAUGAUGCGUCCUGCCUCGUGGUGAGCACGCCCAACAGAGCCUUGUCCCAGUCCUUUGAAAACCUGCUGGACGACAACAACUACAGUCUCGUUAAUAAAUUAAAAAAGGAUCCUUACGUGACGACUUUGGGCGGUUUUUCUAAAGUGACCAACUACCUGUUCGAUGCACUGAGAGGGACAGAAGAGCAUACACAGCGCCCCCCGGAGGAAAUGGCAGAUUUGCUUGGGGAGGUGAUCCCAGGAUUAGACAUAAACCAGCAGGAGGAGCCCGGCUUUGAGGUCAUCACCAGGAUUGACCUGGGCCCUCGUCCAGCUGUGUCCAGGAGAGAGCCAGUGUCUGUGGAGGAGUGGACCAAGCACCAGGAUCCGGAGGGGAGAGUGCAGAGAGUGCCACAGCUUAAAGAAGCCAUUUUUAAAGGGGGUCUGUGUCACGCUGUGAGGAAAGAAGCCUGGAAGUUUUUAUUGGGAUAUUUUCCGUGGAACAGCACAGUGGAGGAAAGGAAGGCCCUGCAGAGGAGCAAAACAGACGAGUAUUUCCGGAUGAAGCUCCAGUGGAAGUCUGUGAGUGAGGAGCAGGAGAGACGAAACUCCCGGCUCAGGGACUAUCGCAGUCUGAUCGAGAAGGACGUGAACCGCACAGAUCGAACAAACCGAUUUUACGAAGGCAUUGAUAAUCCAGGUUUAGUUCUGCUCAACGAUAUCCUCAUGACCUACUGCAUGUACGACUUCGACUUGGGUUACGUUCAGGGCAUGAGUGACCUGCUGUCUCCCAUCCUCUAUGUGAUGGAGAACGAGGUGGAUGCUUUCUGGUGCUUUGCCUUUUACAUGGACCAGAUGCAUCAGAACUUUGAGGAGCAGAUGCAGGGCAUGAAGACUCAGCUGGUGCAGCUCGGCUCUCUGCUGCGGCUGCUCGAUCUCGCCUUCUGGAACUACCUCGAAUCUCAGGACUCUGGUUUCCUGUAUUUCUGUUUUCGAUGGCUCUUGAUCCGCUUCAAACGAGAGCUCAGCUUCCAGGACGUCCUCAGACUCUGGGAGGUGAUGUGGACAGAGCUCCCGUGUGAGAACUUUCACCUGCUCGUGUGCUGCGCCAUUUUAGACUCCGAGAAACAGAAGAUCAUGGAGGAAAACUACGGCUUCAACGAGAUCCUCAAACACAUCAACGAGCUGUCGAUGAAGCUGGACAUAGAAGAGAUUUUACACAAAGCUGAAGGCAUCUGUCUCCAGAUCAAGAGCUGCAAGGACUUGCCCCGUUCCGUGAGUUCGAUCCUGGGUUUCACCUCUGACCCCCGCGACCCCCGCGACCCUCGUGAUCCUCACAGAGCCUCACAGCGAGCGGACACGUGCUCCAAUGGACAUGGACAUUUAACAGAGGCCCCUGCCCUGGUCUCCUAACGCCCCCUUCCCACAGCAGAGGGCAGUGUACAGAAAGAAGACUAUUUUUGUAAUCUCUCAUUUCGUCUUCACUGAGUUGUCAUUCCUUCUUUAUCCUGAUCAUUUAGACUUUUCGUUUGUUUAAAUAAAGGGGAACAAUAUAACCUUUGACAUUUUAAAAACUGCAAUCUUGUAAUACCGUUUUUAACAGCCUAUAUCGUGAGACUGAGAUGGAAUCAGCUGCGAAUGGACUGAACCAGGACUGAACCAGGACAGGACCAGGACAGGACCAGGACAGGACCAGGACUGAACCAGGACUGAACCAGGACUGAACCAGGACUGAACCAGGACUGAACCAGGACUGAACCAGGACUGAACCAGGACAAUAAAUGGACUAAACUAGGACUAAAUCAGAACUCAAACAGGCCUAAACCAGGUCUACAUUUUUACAAUACCGAUUAAAGGGUUAAGUUUGCUUCAGUCCACGUUUAAUCUUAGCUUAAGUGCAGGCCCAUCAACAGAAAUUCAGGGGCCCAGGAAAAGAAACCUCACAUGGGGCCCUCUUUAAUAUAGAUUAAUAGGAAGGGGGUCCAAUUCUUCACCCCUUAGACCAUGGGGCCCAAGACAACAGACCCCUUUGCUUCCCCCUCGGUCCACUCCCCUGAUCAAGUGCUAAAUAAAUAUUGAAACUACUUUACGCCUUUACGCCUCUGACUCAAAAACCCUGAAGCAGGAUAAUUCCCGGAAGCAGUUUUCUAAAUGAACCAAUAAAACAUGAACAUCACAUACACUUAAAGAGGGGGUAUUCUGGAAAUUUGACUUUGAGUAAUUUAGAGCCGUCUCCUGGAGUCUGUUCGAACUCUGAUUAUGGUUAGCUGAGCGUCAGAAACAAAAGUGAAACCCCAUAAAAGUAAAAUACCCCCUCAUUAAACAUAAGUCAUAGAUGUUAAUUAUUCAACCCUCUUCUCCUCAAAAGUUUGCAAACCCUUCAAAAUGUUUGCUGCUCGUGCAAACAAAUAAAAACUACUCACGAUACAUAUUGAGUCUAAAUGUUAUUCUCCAGGCAGUGAGACCGAGACGCCAAAGAGAUAAGGUUAUGUCGUUCCCUUUUAAAACAAGCAUUGGGUUAUGAGCGCAAACAAAAGGAGUAAAAUACAAGAAUUACAGAAAAAAAUGUUUUCCUAAUUUAAUAAAAGAAAUAAUAAAGGUGCAUUAAGUCACUUUUCUGGUGGUGCUCGUCUCCAUGGAGAUGUUAUUGCUUUGCUUGAAAUAUUCCACACUAGUCUACAGCUGAUCUGUAACUUGGGCCAACUGGCACCCCUAGAAAAGUUGCGUAGUGCCGCUUUAAAGGUCCUAUAUUAUGCAAAAUUUACUCUUGAGAGCUUUAAGUCAUGUGAUAAAGCUGUUCCCUCCUCAAAAACAGACCUGGAGUUGUGUUUUGUUUCAUUCACACAUGUUUCAGUAACUCUUUAUUACAGUUAGUCUGUUACAUCUCCAAUGCUCAAAAUGUUCUUUUCCACUUUGUGAUGUCAUGAAGUGGUCAUUUUCAAGUUAACAGCUCCUUUUAGCUUUAGUUCAGGAGAGUGGCAAUUCCAGGGCUGAAAUUAUCCAAAUGAUCCCAGUGAAAGUGUUUAUGGAGUUUAAAAACACAGUGGAGCACUUCCUGUAUUACCACAUGACAUCACAAGGUGGAACAGAGUGUUUUCUGUUUGAGAGAAGAACUCAGCCAAAAUAUGCAGGGUUUGUGUGUUAAACGUGUGAAUGAAACAAAACACAACUCCAGACCCGUUUGUGAUGAGGAAACAACAUUAGAACAUAGAUCAGAGAAUAGAGUACUGGUAAUGGGCCCUUUAAGAUACAACACAAACAGUACUUCUCUCUUUGCUCAUAACACAAUCACAAUCUGUCGCUUUUCCACAGACAAAAUGCUGGCUGGUUUCACUUUAAUUAAUCUGAUCUUUAUUUUUUCUUUCACUCUAGUGGAGACUGCUUUUUCUUGAGUUCAAAUAUAAAUGUUUUGAGUCUGAACAAUAAUUAUUUCAGUAUUAAUCACAAAAAGGUUGUGGUUCCAGAUUCAUUCAAAUGUUUGUUCUUUCAUUUAUCUGAUUAAACUAUGGAGCUGUUAGUUACAAAAUAUUAACAAAAAAUGGGAAUUGGCAAUACAGGUUGCAAGAUAUGAGAAGCAGACAGAAGCUACUGUGUAACUUUUCAGGUGAGGAGUCCACUACCUGCCUGUUUCCAUGGAGAUUGUUAUUGCUCUGACUGGAAUGCUCCACAGUAUGGCAUUAAAUAUAUCUAGCUUGCAUUUAUUUAGUUACAGGUGUUUUUACUGCAAAAUAAACCAAAAAACAGAGAGGCAGAUCCUUGACCAGAAAAGUUACACACUACCUUUUUCAGAGCCAGAGGUUGUACUGAACAAUUUUGGAAAAAUAUCCGAAUGCGAUUUUUCUGAGAAGCUGUGAUCUGAUCUACAGGGUCAGCAGCUUUUACACAGAAUAAGACCCCAUGGAAACACAGGGAUUUCAUUUAGAGACAUUGUGAUUUUGGUGAUUCAGAAUACACAAAUCCUGGACAGCAGAAGUAAAAUUUUGUCUCUAAAAAAUGUGUGAAUCUCCUUAAGAAGGAAGUCUGCUCCCGUCUGCUCUUGUGUGCUCUCGUGUGCUCUCGUCUGCUCCCGUCUGCUCUCGUCUGCUCUCGUCUGCUCCCGUCUGCUCUCGUCUGCUCCCGUCUGCUCUUGUGUGCUCUCGUCUGCUCCCGUCUGCUCCCGUCUGCUCUCGUCUGCUCUCGUCUGCUCCCGUCUGCUCUCGUCUGCUCCCGUCUGCUCUCGUCUGCUCCCGUCUGCUCUCGUCUGCUCUCGUCUGUUCUCGUCUGCUCUCGUCUGCUCCAGUCUGCUUCUCUGAACUAGCAGCCUCCUCACUAAACAAUUUGAACCCAUCACCAAACAGUUCUGGGCAUUGUCUAAAACCAACUUGAAGAAUAGGCUCCUUUGGUUUUUUUUUUUUUAUUUUAUUUAACUUUUCAGCCAAAACAACAUGAGUUUUGCAGUUUGUGUCUCCUCAAUGUUUUGUCCACAUAUAUUUAAAAUGUGUUCCAUUUAAACUAAGCUAUUUUAAAAAGUCUAUUUUGGCCAUAUUUACAUGACCAGGCAAAGGUUUGGACACGCCCUCUUAUUCAGUGUUUUUUGUUUUUGUUUUGUUUACUACUGUCUACAGUAAAUACACACAGAAGACAUCAGAUAUAUGAAGUAAGAUAUAUGGAAGCAUGUAGUGAAGAAAAAAACCUAAAAGUAACCACCCUUUAUUUUGUUGAAACAUUUAUUAGUUAUUUAACCUUUUUUUUACUUUACUGCACAAUUGCAUAUACGUUACUUCAUAUAUUUGAUGUCUUCUGUGUGUAUAUUAAACAUAGAAAGUAGUUUAAAAAAAACACACACACACAUUGAAUGAGAGAGUGUUCAAACUUGUCAUGUAUUACCUGUACAUUCAUGCUUUUAUUUUGAAGAGAUCAUUUGCGUUGGUGAAAGAGGAAGUGCUGUGAUAUUUAAACAUCCGGGUCAAUAAAGUUCAUGAUUUUGUCAAUAAAUAAA